UAUGUCAUUACACAUACAUAUUUUCUAUUUCAAUAUGAAAAGACUACUUUAUAACGUGGGCAUUGUACUGGGAUCCAUUGCCCUGGGCAUAGCUAUGAUUGAAGGAAAAUCCUCAUUUAAAUUCACUAAUAUUCGGUGUAAAGAUAAUGAUGUUAAUUUUAGUUCUUUUAAAAAAUGUGAACUAAAAGUUGUUCGCCGUGGAAUUGUGGCUCUUAAUGCCCAUUUGGCAUUGUAUCAAAUACCGGUGACAAAAGCAACAAUCAAUAUUGGACUCUACAAACGGGCCAGUGGAUAUCGUCCAUUUCUAUACAACAUUACCCAAGAAGUCUGUGCAUUCUUUGCCAAUCGCCAAAAGUAUCCAAUUAUGAAUGUAAUCUUUGAUAUAUUUAUACGCGAAUCCAAUUUGAAUCACACCUGUCCGUAUGACCACGACAUUUAUAUUAAGAAUUUAGUCCUGGAAGAGAGCAAAUUUAAACUCUUUCCAAUACCAGAGGGCGAAUAUCUUUUCAAAUUGCAAAUUCUUAUUCGGGAGCAAUUAAAGGGUACAAUAGAAGUGUUUCUUUAUCGCAAAGAUUGAAUCAAUAGAAACUAGGUGCGGGACGAAAGAUGGCUUAGGUUCAUCACCGCACCAUUAAAUACAUAUAAAAAUAUAAAUGUAAAUA